CGCCGUUACAGCUCCCUCGCGGCCCGCUCCGCCCCGCCCCGAUCCGAGCGGCGGUCCAUCGCCCCGCACCGCCCCGCACCGCCUGACGGCUGCCGGACAGAGCCCACCAUGCUGCCCGCCCGACCGUCGGAGCUGACGGUGGCCCCUGCGCUGCCCUACAGCUACAGCAGCCAGCCCCGCUCCCUGCUCGCCCGCCCCAAGUACCGAGCGCCGCCCGACGCCGCCGAGCCGGAGAAGCAGCCGGUGUGCUACGGCAACAUCAUGCGCGACCCCAGAGUGGCGCGGGGACCCGCUUUAGCCAUUCGCCUCCUGCCGCAGAGUACCCAACCCAAUCCCCCUGAGGUUCAAAAGCAGAAGGGUGCACAGAAAAGAGCACUGGCAAGAAAGCGUGCAAAAGAGUCAAUUCGACCAGGAACACCAGAGCCUGUGGAAGGCAGAGAGCAUGUUCAUGUGCAAACAGAACUGUAUCUGGAAGAGAUUUGUGAUCGUAUAGUAGAGGUUGAUGGAGAGUGUCAAACAGAUGAAUUUUUGGACAGACCACCUACUCCACUCUUCAUACCAGCCAAAACGGGAAAAGAUAUAGCCACACAAAUAGAAGAAGGAGAGUUGUUUGACUUUGACAUUGAAGUUAAGCCAAUCCUGGAAGUGCUGAUUGGGAAAACAGUUGAGCAGGCUUUGCUGGAAGUCAUGGAGGAAGAAGAGCUGGCCCAGCUGCGGGCACAUCAGCGUGCCUUUAUAGAGCUGCGUAACGCAGAGUUUGCUGAAUUACAGCGCCUGGAAGAGCAGGACAGGCGUAUCAGAGAGGAGAAGGAACGUCGCAGACUCGAGCACUUGGAAAAGCUGCGGAAGCAGAAAGAGACCACGGAGAAAAUUGCAGCUCGGGCAUUUGCUAAGCGUUACCUGGCUGACCUUAUUCCCUCAGUCUUCAGCAAUCUUUAUGACAGUGGAUUUUUUUAUGACCCUAUAGAAAGAGAUAUUGAGACAAAAUUCCUUCCAUGGCUGAUGUCAGAAGUGGAAGAAACACUACAGAAGAAGGUUCUGGGGAGGACAAUGCUUGACUCCUUGAUUCGUACAGUGGUUGAAAAACGCCUAGAUGCAUUUAGCUGUCAGCCUCUGCCUGCUCAGACAGAAGCACUUGCUGAAGAGCCCAGGCCACCAGAUGCAGCACCCCAGGUGUCUGGUGAGGCAGAUGCUGCUGACCAACCAGUCACAGAGAAAGAAGAGACUGACCAACCUGUUGCUGAGGAACAGCCUUCAGAUCCCAUCUCUUCCCAGCUGGAAGAAUCAGAUCAAGCAGGAACACAGGAUUUGGAAACUGAGUAACAAACGGGCAAGUCAUCAAGUAAAUGGCGAUGAAUGGCUCAGAAAGAAGAAAUUAAUUCCUCUCUAUUUACAAGUAUCGUGCCGUACCCAUGCUGAAAGAGGAACCUAAGCAACAGUAAAGCAUUAAAACAUGU